AUGUUGAGUGCAGGAGACCAGGUCAUCGCAAGGGGAUAUGCCGAUCUGGAGACGACCUUUGGCCAAGGAGCUCAGAUGAAGAUGGUGGUCAUUCGGUAUUUGGUGGUCGAUGCUCAGUCAUCGUACAGCAUACUGAUCGGCAGGCCGACUCUGAACAAGCUGGGAGCGAUAGUGUCUACUUCCCAUCUGAAGGUAAAGUACCCGUUGCCGAGUGGUGCUGUAGGGGUUCUCAAGGUGGACCAGGAGGUUGCUCGGAAAUGCUACGGGGAUAGUUUAAAGGCGCGAAGGCGACUGUACACUAAGCAGGUAGAGAAGGAGGUCCAUUCCGUCAAACUGGAUCCUAGAAUGGGUCAGUUCGACCACCGACCCGCCCCAGCAGAAGACGUCAAGGAAGUGGAGGUAAUGGAAGGGAGAAACGUAAAGAUAGGUACCUCUUUGACUCCCGAGGACGAAGAGAAAUUGGUGAGUGUUCUAAAGGACAAUGUGUCAGCAUUUGCGUGGCAUUCCAGCGACAUGCCUGGACUUGAUCCAAAUUUCUUGUGCCACAAGUUGGCCAUAGACCCUAGCGCGAAGGCAGUAAUCCAGAAGAGAAGGAAGUUUGGCGAGGAAAAACGAAGGGCUAUCGCGGAAGAGACGCAGAAGUUAGUGAUGGCAGGACACGUCCGAGAAAUCCAAUAUCCGACCUGGUUGGCAAACGUAGUCAUGGUGCGCAAGAGCAGCGGGAAAUGGAGAAUGUGUACGGACUUCACUAACCUUAAUAAGGCCUGCCCAAAAGACUCGUACCCGCUGCCGAACAUAGACUGCCUGGUGGAUGGGGCGUUGGGAUACGAGUUACUAAGCUUCAUGGAUGCCUACUCGGGGUACAACCAAAUCCGAAUGCAUCCCGCAGAGGAGGACAAGACCGCCUUCAUAGCCGAUCAAGCCAAUUUCUGCUACAGGUUAUGCCGUUCGGUCUGA